CCCCGCGCGGGCAGCGCGGCCGCGUUGCUGGGCAACGGGCGGGCGCGAGGGAGGCGCUGCUCGUCCCGCCAUGUUGAGGGCGAAGGUGCUGCUGGUGGGGCCGCGCCAGGCUGGAAAAUCGGUGUUGGCAAACUUUGUUUCGGAGAGCAUCGAAGGGAUUGGCAGCUACAACCCGACACAGGGUGUAAGGAUCCUGGAGUAUGAGAACCCGAAUUUGAACGGUAACAGCAAGGGAGCUGUGUGUCGAUUUGAGUUGUGGGAUUGCAGUGGUGAUCAAAAGUUUGAAACAUGCUGGCCAGCUCUGCUGAAGGACUCUCAUGGCGUAAUAAUAAUCUUCAAUCCUGAGCUGCCCAGUCACCUGAAAGAAAUUGAAAUGUGGUACUCCUGUUUCGUGCAGCAGCAGCCACUGCUUGAUAGCCAGUGCCUCCUAGUUGCACAUCACAAGCCAGGCAGUGCGGGGGACACCGAAAAUCUGUCCUUGGCUUGCCUUUUUCAUUUAAACCUGCCAAAAACUACUAGAGUGCUUUGCAAAAACAGAAAUAAUGAAUUUCAAAGGUCAUCUAGAAGCCUACCCGCUGAACAAGCUGAAACUAAUACAUUCCAACUUAGAAGAAGAUCCUGAAGAUGUUCGAAUGGAAUUUAUGAAAUACUUCAGAAGCAUUAUCACUUUAAUAAAUGAGAGCAGAGAGAGGGAAGAAAUGUCAAUUAUCUCCUAACAUUAAAAGAAAUAUUGAACAGGGAAGAAAAAGGAUUGUUUUCACUUUGUAAGCACUUUGUGCACUUUGCCUGUGCAGAGGUCCUCGCAACGAGAAUUUGCCAGCCUAUAAACACUUAAGAGAAAAUAAUGCACAGUUCAUGACUUAACCAGAAAAAAACAAGUGCUGACAUCAUAUGAACUGUGGUGCCAGAGAGAUGGCUGCACAUCCAGGAAUUUGGGUAACUUCUGCUGCACUUUGGUUUCAUGUGGCAUCAGAGGUACAGGAAAGUAUUGUUUAAUAUGUUAGUGUGGACCAGAAGAUAAAGGUAUCUGUUGUCCCUUCACUUCAGAAUCCGUUCUUGUAGAGGUGCUAAGAGAAGAAAGCCUGACAGAACAUAAGAUUUGUGGAGUUCUGUUGAAGCAUCUGAGUAAAGCGCUCAUGCUAGCUGUGUGUUCCUGGAGAAGUUAUGCUUUUGGAAGUCAGUACAAAUUGAUUAGAAUAGAGAUCUGAGAAGUAGUUGUGGAGUGGAAUCCACAUUUUUAUGUUCCAAGUUCUUAUCUUUCUGUCCAGCAUCUGAAGACAGCACAUUUCGUAGCUAUUUCCUUGGCACGACAGAGUAGGUCGCGGUCUUUCUCAGGACUAGGUUUUUCUUCUAUUCCAACAAAAUAAAUGUGUUGUUGGGGGCAAUGUUUAGGUCUCUCUGGGAGGAAAACAAUUGAAGUCUCAGUGUAGUGCAAUACUUUGACCUAUGUCGGGAACUCCAAUAGAGGGAAAAAAAGUUCUGCAUUCUCCAGAGGAGGAAAAGCUGUUUCCAAACUUGUAUUACUGUUCCCUGUAGCACAAAGUUAAGUGGUUUCAUAGAUAAUUUACUUUCUGAUUUGUUUGGUUUGCACUCAUCCCUGUUAUUAGUGUGUUUUGCUGUGGCAGACAUUUUUUUGUAACAUGCAGUACUAAAGCAAUAAAAAUGUUUUAAAAAUGCA